AUGGCGUUUACUCCGUAUCAAUUAUUCUUAGCUGGUCUUAUGUUAGUUACUGGUAGUCUUAAUACAUUAUCAACAAAAUGGGCUGAUCGACAAACAUCACAUUUUUGCGAUGGAACAGGUGGAAAUGUUACAUUUGAACAUCCAUUUCUUCAAGGUGUUGGUAUGUUCUUAGGUGAAUUUUUAUGUUUAUUAGCAUUUAAAUUUAUCUGGUAUUCAACUGCACAAUAUCGUAUUGAACGAAUGGUAUAUAAAGGUGAUGCAUCAUCACGUAUAGUUCGUUAUUGGCCAAUAAAAAUUCAACGAGAAACACGUUUAGUCGAUGGUGAACAAACAUUUAAUCCAUUUAUAUUUUGGAUUGCAUCUAUAUGUGAUAUGCUUUCAACAUGUUUAUCAUAUAUUGCAUUAAAUUAUACAAGUGCAAGUUCAUUUCAAAUGUUACGAGGUUCAGUUAUGGUUUUUACUGCUAUACUUAGUGUUAUAUUUCUUCGAAGAAAUUUAACAUGGAAACAAUGGCUUGGUAUACUUACAGUCGUUGCUGGUCUUGCUGUUGUUGGUAUAUCAGAUAUUAUUUUUUCCAAACAUCCUGAAGGUAAUCACACAAAUAUGGAAAAAAUUGCAGGUGAUGCACUUAUACUUGUUGCAAUGUUAUUUACUAGUUUUCAAGUUGUUUAUGAAGAACGCUUCGUGAGAAAACAUAAUAUUCCGCCAUUACAAGUUGUUGGUUGGGAAGGAACAUUUGGUUUCUGUACUCUUGGUCUUCUUCUUAUACCUUUUUAUUUUAUCAUUGUUCCAACAUCAAAUUCAGGUCCUGAUCAUCGUCUUGAAGAUGUUCCAACAGCAUUUUGUCAAAUGGGUGGCAAUUGGGUUAUCAUUCUUGCUACACUUGGAAAUGUAUUUUCAAUUGCAUUUUUUAAUUUCGCUGGUAUAUCUGUAACUAAAGAAUUAUCAUCAACAACACGUAUGGUUCUUGAUAGUGGUCGAACAUUAAUUAUUUGGAUUGUAUCAUUAGCAUUACAAUGGCAAGCUUUUUAUCCAUUACAAAUCAUAGGUUUUAUACUUUUGGUUAUUGGUAUGGGUAUUUAUAAUGAUGUAUGGACAAAUUUAUUUCGACGAUUUAUUACUCGUCCACCAAUAUCAAGUGAACGUUCACAAUUAUUACCUAGUCAUCAAGAUGCUUCAGUCUAUGAAUCAACUUCAAAUAUACCACCAAAUGCAGCUGCAUCAUUUGCUGAUACAGUUAACACAUAA